UGAUUCGUGUCUGCCGUCGGCCGGUGCGUGCGUGCGCCUCGUCGGUCCGCGUGUGUCUGGCCGAGCGCCCCCUUUCUCUGCGGCCAUGACUCCGCCGCCUCCCCAGCCACCGCCCCCGGGCCCCAACCCCAUCUCAGACUCCGCCGCCGACCCCCGCUUGGGGCCUGGACCCCUGGUCGUACUGUUCGGAGCCACGGCUGGUGCGCUGGGGCCGGACCUGGGCUCCGACGAGACCGACUUGAUCCUCUUAGUCUGGCAAGUGGUGGAGCCGCGGAGCCGUCAGGUGGGGACGUUGCACAAGUCACUGGUUCGCGCCGAGGCGGCCGCACUGAGCCCGCAGUGCCGCGAGGCGAGCGGCCUGAGCGCCGACAGCUUGGCGCGGGCCGAACCGCUGGACAAGGUGCUGCAGCAGUUCUCACAGCUGGUGAGCGGGGAUGUGGCUCUGCUAGGCGGGGGCCCCUACAUGCUAUGCACUGAUGGGCAGCAGCUGCUGCGACAGGUCCUGCACCCCGAGGCCUCCAGGAAGAACCUGGUGCUCCCCGACACCUUCUUCUCCUUCUACGACCUCCGCAGAGAGUUCCAUGUGCAGCACCCAAGCGCCUGCCCUGCCAGGGAGCUCACCGUGGCCACCAUGGCACAGGACUUGGGGCUGGAGACAGAUGCCACAGAGGAUGACUUUGGGGUCUGGGAAGUGAAGACGAUGGUAGCUGUCAUCCUCCACCUGCUUGAAGGGCCCAGUGGUCAAUUGUUUUCGAAGGCAGAGGUGGUAAAGCAGAAAUACGAGACAGGUCCUUGCAAGGCCGAUGCGGUGGACAGUGAGACUGUGGUUCGGGCCCGUGGGUUGCCCUGGCAGUCCUCAGACCAGGAUGUGGCUCGGUUCUUCAAGGGACUCAACAUUGCCAGGGGAGGUGUAGCGCUCUGCCUCAACGCCCAGGGCCGCAGAAACGGCGAGGCCCUCAUCCGCUUUGUGGACAGCGAGCAGCGGGACCUAGCGCUGCAGAGACACAAGCACCACAUGGGCGUCCGCUAUAUUGAGGUGUAUAAAGCAACAGGAGAAGAGUUUGUCAAGAUCGCAGGGGGCACAUCACUAGAGGUGGCUCGGUUCCUGUCCCGGGAAGACCAAGUGAUACUGAGGCUACGGGGACUGCCCUUCUCGGCUGGGCCGGCGGAUGUGCUAGGCUUUCUGGGGCCCGAGUGCCCGGUGACGGGGGGUGCGGAUGGGCUGCUCUUUGUGCGCCACCCUGACGGCCGGCCCACCGGUGACGCCUUUGCCCUCUUUGCCUGUGAGGACCUGGCACAGGCUGCGCUGCGCAGGCACAAGGGCAUGCUGGGUAAGCGAUACAUUGAACUCUUCCGGAGCACUGCGGCUGAGGUGCAGCAGGUCCUGAACCGCUAUGCAUCCAGCCCACUCCUGCCCGCACUCGCCGCUCCCCUGCUCCCCAUCCCCUUCCCACUGGCCACUGGGACUGGGAGAGACUGUGUGCGCCUUCGAGGCCUGCCCUACACAGCCACCAUCGAAGACAUCCUGAGCUUUCUGGGGGAGGCAGCUGCUGACAUCCGGCCCCACGGUGUGCACAUGGUGCUCAACCAGCAGGGCCGGCCAUCGGGCGAUGCUUUCAUCCAGAUGACAUCAGCAGAACGGGCCCUAGCUGCUGCUCAGCGUUGCCAUAAGAAAGUGAUGAAGGAACGCUAUGUGGAAGUGGUCCCCUGCUCCACAGAGGAGAUGAGCCGUGUGCUAAUGGGGGGCACCUUGGGCCGCAGUGGCAUGUCCCCUCCACCCUGCAAGCUGCCCUGCCUCUCACCACCCACCUACGCCACGUUCCAGGCCACCCCAGCGCUCAUUCCCGCUGAGACGGCCGCUCUGUACCCCUCUUCAGCACUGCUCCCAGCAGCCAGGGUACCUGCUGCCCCUACCCCUGUUGCCUACUACCCAGGGCCAGCCGCUCAACUCUACAUGAACUACACAGCUUACUACCCCAGCCCCCCCGUCUCCCCCACCACUGUGGGCUACCUCACCACACCCCCUGCUGCCCUGGCCUCUGCUUCCACCUCAGUGUUGUCCCAGCCAGGAGCCCUGGUCCGUAUGCAGGGUGUCCCAUAUACAGCUGGUAUGAAGGAUCUGCUCAGCGUCUUCCAGGCCUAUCAGUUAGCCCCUGAUGACUACACCAGUUUGAUGCCUGUUGGUGACCCGCCUCGCACUGUGCUACAGGCCCCCAAAGAGUGGGUGUGUUUGUAGGUGAGGGAGCCAGGAGGUAAGAGCUGGCUGUUGUCUUAUCAUGUCUGUCUCGGCAUCCAGAGAACCACUACCCUCAACCAGGUGGCUGCUUUCUGGGCUUGUCAGAGCUCUCAGAAAGCACCUAGAGGAGCUCAAGCCCCAGCUCCAUCUCCCGCUUGUUGCUCUGCCUGUCCACCCCAAAGCUGCUGGCUGGACCCUGCAUGCAGGGCUGGGGGUGGAAUGGUGUUACCCUCCUUCCGAUGGCCUGAUCCGGGCCUCUGAAUAGCACCAAGAGAGCCUUUGGUCAGUUUUGGCUGUGGCCCAUACCCACAGAUUCUGUGGGGCUGAUGUCCACAGCAGGCUGGCUGGCUUUUUAAAAAUGUAAGCCCUGGUGCCUUCAACGUAUGACUCCUGGGAGCUUCUGUGUGAAGAUCCCAGUGUUCUACCCUCCCCUUUCCCUUCUGCAGGGGGCAGGGAAGCAGAGAAUGCUGGCCCCAGCCCCCAGGAUACUUGACCCUUAGUGGCCACAUUGUGCCUUGGGUCUAAGGGUAAUAGCUCUCCAGCUUGGCACAAGGACUAUCAGGUGGCAAAAUCACAGGCUAUUUUGAUGGACUGUACUGCAAUAUCCCCAGAGGACACUAGGGGGCAGGAGGCCCUCACAGAAAAACUCAGGCUUGAAUUUUAAAGACUUUCUGCCUACUUUUCAUGCACACCUUGGGCAGGCCAGUUGUCCUGAACUCAGCAGACAUCGUGGAAUGUCCUUUGCACCCAUUAGAGGGUACAGAACUGAAGUUUCGGAAGGAAUUUGGAACUCUACUCACUCCUCCGUAAAAUAAACAAAGGUUCCUAACCAAGUGGACUUUUUAAAAGCCAAAGUGCCCUUAGCUUUGGACCCCAGAGUGUGGGGUUCCACACCUGCCCCAGGCAGAGGUAAACUCAGGCGGAUUUCCAGGACACUGUUAACCUGUCACCGUUUAUUUCAGCCCUGUAACUGAGGAACCAUGAAUUGCUGGCUCUCCCCUUUGUUACGUUGUGUAAGGAGCACUAGACUCCUAUACAAGGUUUUCAAAUACAAAGUGUGUAAAAAAACACAA